AUAAUUUGAAGGUUUUGCCUAGUUUUAGCAUUUAAAUAAGAAAUUAUAGGAAAUAAGUCUAAAGUUGAUGCAUAUUAAGUAGCAUCAGAGUUAAUGAUAUUAACUAUUUGUAAGAAUAGUACUUGUGGUCGAUUGAUUAAUUAUAAGGAAAAUUAAAUGUAUAUGUUUCACAUUCAUCUCACGUUACUGGAUUAGCAACUGCACGUGAAAAGAUCAUCUAGGCGCUUCGGGGGUUUGAUAAUUAAUUUGGGCUCCUAGAUUCUACUCGAAAGUUUAACAAUUACUAACAAGUCAAAUAUUAAUACAGAUAUGAAUGAUGUGCAAACUUGACUAGCAGUUCAUGUAUUAGUACAACAAGAAAUAAUA